GGCUCCCUAAAUAGGCUUUAAGAUGGCGUCGGGGUAGGAGUAGGGUGAAGGUUGCUGGUGCAGCUGGAGGACCAGCUGCUUGUCAGGGAGGAAAGGGAAGGCUUGGUUGCUAGGUUACCAGCUGUUACCCCAAGCCUUCCUAUACAGACACACAUCCAGAGGCUUCCCUUCCAUAAGCCCCCUAACCUACUUGCUAGUCCAUGGGGAGGGGGUGGCCCCCGUGGCCAGCGCUGCCCCCAUGGAUCUCCGCCUGGCAGUCUACAACGCCGCCCGUGAGGGAAAGCUGAAGCUUCUGCAGAAGUUGCUGGGAAGCCGCAGCAGAGAGGAGCUGCAAGAGCUGACAGCCAGCCCCGGGGGUGGGGAAGGCGCUGGGGGCACCCCAUUGCUGAUCGCCGCCCGCCACGGCCACCAAGAGGUGGUGGAGUAUCUGCUGGACCACUGCGGUGCCAGGGUGGAAGUGGGCGGCUCGGUCAACUUCGACGGCGAGACCAUCGAGGGGGCCCCGCCUCUGUGGGCUGCCUCUGCGGCUGGGCACUUGGACGUGGUGCGCAGCCUGCUGGAGCGGGGGGCCAGCGUCAAUCAGACCACGCUCACCAACUCCACCCCGCUGCGGGCAGCCUGCUUCGAUGGGCACCUGGAGAUUGUCCACUACUUGAUUGGGGAGAGGGGAGCUGACCUGGAGGUGGCCAACCGCCAUGGCCACACCUGCCUGAUGAUUUCAUGCUACAAGGGGCAUUCAGAGAUUGCCCGCUACCUGCUGGAGAGAGGGGCCGACGUCAACCGCCGCAGCGUCAAGGGCAACACCGCCUUGCAUGACUGCGCCGAAUCCGGCAGCCUGGAGAUCCUCCGCCUGUUGCUCGGCUCCAAAGCCCGCAUGGAGAAAGAUGGGUACGGGAUGACCCCUCUGUUGGCCGCUAGCGUCACCGGCCACACCAAUAUUGUGGAAUACCUCAUAGAGGGAGCGCUGGAGGAGCAGGUGGAGGGGAAGCAGGAAGCGAGUGAGGCCGUUUGUGAUGGGGCAGGCCGUGAGGAGCAUCACGAUGGCUGCUUGGCUACAUGCGACGGCCAUCCCCGUGCUUACUGCACACCGGAGGCAGCUGUGGAAGCGUUGGAGCUCCUGGGAGCCACCUUUGUCGACAAGAAGCGUGACCUGCUCGGGGCUCUUAAGCACUGGCGGAGGGCGAUGGACCUUCGGCACAAGGGUGGGCAGUACCAUGCCAAGCCAGAGCCUCGCCAGUUGGUGCUGGCAUACGACUAUUCACGGGAGGUGAGCACGAUGGAGGAGCUGGAGUCCUUGGUGACUGACCCGGAUGAAAUGCGGAUGCAAGCGCUCUUGAUCCGGGAGCGCAUCCUCGGCCCCUCCCACCCGGACACCUCUUACUAUAUCCGCUACCGGGGGGCCGUCUAUGCCGAUUCGGGAAACUUUGAGCGCUGCAUUAAUCUGUGGAAGUACGCCUUGGAGAUGCAGCAGGGCAACUUGGAGGCCUUAAGCCCCAUGACAGCAAGCAGCUUCCUCUCUUUUGCUGAGCUCUUCUCUUACGUUCUUCAGGACCGCUCAAAAGGCACCAUGGCGACCCAGCUGGGCUUCCCCGACCUCAUGGGGGUUUUGAGCAAAGGGGUCCGCGAGGUUGAGCGGGCUCUCCUCCAUCGGAAAGACCCUGUGGCCGAUUCCGCCCAGUUCACCAAAGCCCUGGCCAUCAUCCUCCACUUGGUCUUCCUGCUGGAGAAAGUGGAGUGCGCUCCAGAACAGGAGCACCAGAAGCGUCAGACCGUCUACCGCUUGUUGAAGUGCAACCCGCGGGGCAAGAAUGGCUUCACCCCUUUGCACAUGGCGGUGGACAAGGACACCACCACUGUUGGCCGCUACCCAGUGGGGAAGUUCCCCUCGCUCCAUGUGGUGAACCUCCUCCUGGAGUGCGGGGCCGACCCCGACAGCCGCGACUAUGAUAACAACACCCCGCUGCACGUGGCCGCCCGGAACAACUGCCCACUCAUCAUGAGCGCCCUCAUGGAGGCCGGAGCCCACAUGGAUGCCACCAACGCCUUCAAGCAGACGGCGUACGAGCUGUUGGACGAGAAGCUCCUCACCAAGGCCAUGAUGCAGCCUUUCAAUUACAUCACCUUGCAGUGCCUUGCUGCUCGAGCGCUGGAUAAACACAAGAUACCCUACAAAGGCUUCAUCCCGGAAGAGCUGGAAGCCUUCAUCGAACUCCAUUAGACAGGGGAGACCUCCUGAUGUCCCAGUGGGCGGGGAUGGAGGAGGAACCUGGGACUCGCAGCCUUCUCUGUGAUCUGAAUCCUAAACGCUUCCAUUUGCACUGGGCUAAGUGGCACAGUUGCUCUCUCCUUUCCCGGUGUGUAUGUGUGGGGGAAAUCUGUGGCUGUUUCUUCCCCCAUCUGGGGCCGGCGUUGGCACCUGCCAUCCUUGGGCAGCGGCCAGUCCCCUGCGCUGAUGCCCACCCUUCUAAAGUUCAGUGGCAUCUCCAAGCAAUGGCAGGCAGCUGGGUUUAGCCACCCUUUUGUGACGUAGGGUGGCCAGACCCAACUGCAACUGAAGCCAGACGAAGCCACCAGAGCCCCUCGUCCGGAGGAUACUUCCCCUCUCCCCAGAAACCCCCUCACACUGGAGCCAGCCCUGGUCCAGCCCCUUGGUGCCAGGGGUCACUCUAUGCCAACCAGCACUGAGCGGCAGCAAGGAGUCGUUGCCGGCUAAAUCUUACUUUUUAAAGCACGCUCACGCGCAAGAGUUCUGUGUAGGAUCUCUUUUGUUCUGAAAUCCAGCCUGCCUUAGGGGUAGCUGAGUUUGUACCUUCCCUCCCUUCUUUCUCCCUCUGUUCCUUGAGCCUCGUAGGGAACGCAGGUGAGGGUUUAGGGCAAGCCCACAGUCAGUCUUAAAAGUCGCCCUUUCCUUUGUGUUUGCUUUUAGUCCUUUUAGGCGGUUCAGCCAGACUGAGCCGGUCCUCUAACGCUCAGCAUUCAGUUCCGUAGUUGCGCCUUGCACAGUUGACCCAGCCCGGUGUGGUGAAGAUUGAUUGUGUUUGGGGUUUGUUUUGAUUUGAUUUUCGCAAUGCCCCGUGACGAAGCAUUGCUAAGGUUUUGCUGGCUGUGUUGAAGGCUGGUUGUGGUAUUUUUGCGGUUGCUGUUUUCUUUUAAGAUCAAGCAGAUGCUAUCACCAGCUCAGGCUGUCCAAAAAACAAAAAAACUCCCCAAAUUCUGACGUUGGUUUUAGGAUCAAACCAAAAACUCCUUUCUCUCCCGCCUAGAACAGAGAGGCAAAACCUGGCAUUUUGGCUCCGUUUUUAAGGCAAGGGUUGGACGCCUUUUGAACCGGUUAAAGACAAUCCUGCGAAGCAUUUGAGCAGAGCUUGGAAAAGUUACUUUUUUGAACUACAACUCCCAUCAGCCUAAUCCAGUGGCCAUGCUGGUUGGGGCUGAUGGGAGUUGUAGUUCAAAAAAAGUAACUUUUCCAAGCUCUGCAUUUGAGUUAAGAUGGCCCCAUCCUUUUCACCAUUGGUCAUGCUGGCUGGGGCUGAUGGGAGUUGGGAAUCCAGCCGCAUCUGGAGGGCCGGGGGUUCCCCACCCCUGAUUUAAGUCCUGUGCUGGAAUCUGUGAAGUAGGAAGUGGCAGGAGGUCUGCAUAUGGAAAGUAGGCUGAGCCUUUAUAGGGAAAGGGGGAGGCAAAGUUUUGGAGGGUGGGAAGGGCCAGCAGGGGGUUUGGGGGGGAAUUGGGGGCAUCACCUGCUGUUGGGCUGUGUCAGUGGAGCCCCCACACUUUAGCUCGUGCAGGCAUAUUUGGGGGCGAGGGGGGGAAUAGGCUGUGCCACAAUUGCCCGCACUGUUUGGGGGCAGCUUUCUGGAGUGGUCGCAGCAACUCUGGGUCGCAAAUUGGCAGCUCACAGCACUCAGCUGCCCUCUUUUGCAACAAUUCCAACUAGCUACAGAAAGUGUGGUCGAUGCAUGGGCCUUUCAGCCGUCUCCUUUUUCCCAGAGUGGAUAUAGGGGCAGUGGAAGGGGGCCCCUCUCCUGUCAAGUCAGAAGUGUUCCUCCUCCCAAAUAGCGCUUGAAUUGUGGGCAUCUGGAAGGGUUUUGGAGAAACCCUCCUUCGAGUGAGCUUCAGAGGGUGGAUUCAGAUGAACCAUUAUAGCCCCCAGGUUUUUGCAGGCUGGAAAUUCAGUGGACUGGUUCGACCCCAAAGGACGCGACGUACAAGGUCCUCUCACCCAAACCAACGCCUGCUGGAAAAUCUAGGAGUUUCCAUUGAUCAUCCAACAAAUAUUAGCUACAGAGUCCUGCAUGGGCUGACACACGCAUACACCAGUUCCGCUUGAUCAUCAAAAGUGCUGUUACCCCACAACUCGGGAUAGAUGGGGCGGGGGGAGAAGGGCUUCAUCUGAAACCAUUUCCUUAAUUCUUUGCCGUUUUGGCACUUAGAUGAAAGCACACCGCUACUAGAAAAAGUUCUGCCAUCUUAAGAUGAAAGCACGGCGCUAGCAGAUAGUCAAAGAAAGUUCUGCCCCCUUUCUGUCGGCUAAGUCCAGUUUGGUUUGGGAGUGGAAGUUGUUUCUCAAAAGGCUUUUGGGUACCUGCUGUGGGCAAGAGGGCUAGUGCACCAAAGGGCCAGUGAGGCCGCCUCCUACCCUUCAAGGCUCCUCCCACCCCUCGAGGCUUGGCCUUCACAGCACCCCUGCACAGCUGGUGAUGUGCUUUCCUGCCUGAGACUAAAGCGGCACAACUGAACCGUAGACCUCAAAAAUGUUUUCCUCGGUGGGUUCCAAGGAAUCCUGUUGACUGGCCUGUUUUUGUUCCUGCAGUGUUAAAAAUUGGAGAGUUCAGGUGAUAAGGCAAGAAGGGUUCAAGUUGUUGUUUGUGGUGGGGAGGGAGAUUUUGUUUACUUUGGGCUGCAAAGAAAAGUGUUCAUUUAGCCAACGUUGGGCUGAAAACUGACAAAAGCGGAAUGUGUUGAACUUGAAAUAAACAAACUGACACUUUAAAAAAAAUCUUGCUGCUAACGAAA